CCCAGUCAGCCUCCCCGAAGCCGCGCGGCCGCCGCCCGCACUCGCCGCAGGACCGGCCCGCCGGGCUCCCCGGGGUGCGCCCUCCUCGGCCCCGCGCCCCGCGGGCUCUCCGGGACACCGCCCCCCCAACUCCGGCUCGCGGCCCCGCCCGGCCCGUCCCCCGCCCAGCGCCCGGGCGCGCCAAGGAUGUGAGUCCUGCUCGCCGGUGCCGGAGCAGCAGCCACUCGCGCGCCGAGCCGGAGCGUAGCGCAGCGCAGCGCCGGGCGCUCGCAGGGUCGCUCGGGCGGGCGGCGCGCUCUCGCCUCCGAGGUGUCCCCCGGCCCCUUGCCGGCGCCACCGCCGCAGCUGCCCGCGGGCGGUCCCCGGCCGGCCGCCCCCGGCCCCAGCGCCGCUGACCCUGUCCGCCGCGGGCGGGGACGCGGGCGGAGGAGGCGCCGCCGCGGAGCCCCCGGACGCGACCAUGUCGGAGGUGCUGCCCUACGGCGACGAGAAGCUGAGCCCCUACGGCGACGGCGGCGACGUGGGCCAGAUCUUCUCCUGCCGCCUGCAGGACACCAACAACUUCUUCGGCGCGGGGCAGAACAAGCGGCCGCCCAAGCUGGGCCAGAUCGGCCGGAGCAAGCGGGUUGUUAUUGAAGAUGAUAGGAUUGAUGACGUGCUGAAAAAUAUGACAGACAAGGCACCUCCUGGUGUCUAACUCCCCCAAAGACAAUGAGUUAAGGGAGAGUAAGAACGGCGGUAACAGUUAUUGGCAAAAAGCAUGAAAAGAGAAAGCACUUUGAAAUUCAUGACUAGCUUGCUACCCACGAUGAAAUCAACAACCUGUAUCUCGUGUCAGGCCGGGAGACAGACGAGGCGCGAGAAGGUGGAGAAGGUUCUGGGCUCCUCAGCAAAAAUAAAAAUUAAAAAAAAAAUUAAAAAUUUAAAAAUCACUAUAUACACACAUAUAAAGAAAUAAAAAAGAAGUCUCAGUACAGCUAUUUGUCAGAAUUAAUAUCCAUUUCCUUUUAUAUACAGUGAAUAUUGCGCAAUGAUAGAUCUGGAUUUUGAACCACUUAAAUAAUGAAGCGGCAACACCGGGUGAUUUGAGGUGUUGGCAUUCUUCACUGAUUUGGCUGUUCCCAAUGUUUACACUAUUUAAUCUUGCAAAAAUGAUUCUGUGCACUUGGAUGUGAAAUGCUGUCCGGUUUUAUUUUUUUUUUAUGUUGUUAUCCUUGGAUGUAUGAAAAAUCAGCAGAUGAUCUCUAUAGAUACUAUGUUUUAUUUUGGUCAUCAUUUGAAGUUAUCAGGAAUGUGUUUAAAACAAGAAGAGAACUUUUCUAAGGAAUGAUACAAAGGAAGAAUCCUUGUUUUAUUUUCAAAUGACUUGUAAAGCUUGUGUUUCUUUGUUGCUGCAAGCUAUUUGCCCAAGUUAAUGCAAAUGGACACAUUUUAUAUGUCAGGAAAAAAAACUCAGAAAAACAAAACAAAACAAAAAAAAAUGCUUGAGCUCUUUCUAACCUCUUCCUGCAGUCUGUUGUGUGAGCAGCCUGUUUUUUUUCUCUAAUAUCGUGUCAGUUUAUUCUCUUUAAUGGGCUGUAAAAAAAAUGUAAUCACAAGAGUGCCAAAUAUCUUGAAAUGCCAAAAGGCAUUUUGGUUUCUUUUCUUUUUCCCUGUGCUCUGAGUCCACGUAAAGGAAUGCUUGGAGUGUCUUUUCUGUUAUUUAUAGGGGUUCUCUUAAGGCACACCAGCUGCCUGUUUUGCAUGGUAUUUGCAAAAAACAAAACAAAACAAAAAAAAACCCAACAACAACAACAAAAAACCCGCCUCUUACGUGAGGAAAUCUUUUACCACUUUUUGUUUGCAACUUUGGACCUCAAGAGGUUUCUUCCCUUCCCUGUUCCCUCUUUUCUUAAUUCGAUAUUCUGGAUGUCGCACCUGUAACCAGCACACGGGGCUCUUUCUCCAACUUACAAUAAAAGAACUGUCCCUGUGUCUCA